UGUGACCAAACACCAUGAAGGAAAGAAGGUUCUCAUGCUGGAAAAUACAUGUAUGUCUGCAAUGAUGAAGACCGGAAGUCCUGUUCCCUGGGCAUCACCAUACUUGAACUUGGUCACCUUUCCGGCGUCGCGGUUUUGGACAUAGAUACGGUAUAUGUGUCGUGAGGCUGACUUUCACAUAUUUUGUGGCAAAAAGACAAAGAAGUGACUUUGAGUACUCCAAAAUAGUGGCUGAGACGGAGUCUGGCCAUACCACACAUUUAUGACACAAAGCUGAUGCGACACAAGACACAGGACUGAAAAUGGUGGACCACUGGUGUUGUCCGAGGCGUUCCAUAUUGCCCAGCCUUCUUGUCUGCCUCAUGCUUUUUGGAAGCUUGCCAAUGGUUCUAUGGCCCUCACUGAAGAACACGUUCCAAAUUAUGAAAUCGGAUGAGAUCAAGGCCCCUGAUAAUAGCAGAAAUACAACUGUUCUAAUGUGGUACUGGGCUUUUGGUUUAUCAGAGAAUCUACUACAUGGAAAUUUGUGCAAAGAAAGGUAUGGCAUACCCAACUGUAUCUUGUCAGAUGAUCGGUCAUUGUUCACUCAGGCAGAUUUUGUGAUUUUCCACAAUCGCGAGCUGAUCAACGGAGAGCAGAGGUUGCCCUUACAUUUGCCCCGCCCACAGCAGCAGGGGUGGGUGUGGUUUUCCAUGGAAAGCCCCGGCCAUAACGGGAACAUCAACUUCUUGGAUGGUAAAAUGAACUACACCAUGUCUUAUCGACGUGAUGCAGACUUUUUUGCACCGUACGGCUGGUUAGAACCCCACUAUGUUGGAAGUGGGAUGACAGUUGACGAUUUCAUACCGAAGAAAAAGUCUUCUUUGGCCUGCUGGGUUGUUAGCAACUAUGCAUAUCAUCAUAGGCGAACAGAGGUGUACAAUGAACUGCAAGAAGUCAUACCAGUGGAAGUUUACGGGAGAGCCGUAAACAGACCUCUGGAUGGUGAGCAACUGUUACCCACCAUCUCUCGCUGCUACUUCUACCUGUCCUUUGAAAACUCUCAAUUCCAAGACUACGUCACUGAGAAGUUAUGGACAAAUGCCUUCAAAGGGGGAGCUGUACCUGUAGUUUUAGGCCCAUCCCGCAAAAACUACGAGGCCAUGAUACCAAAAGAUUCCUUUAUUCAUGUGGACGACUUCCGUUCCGUAAAGGAGCUAGGAGCAUUCCUCAAGAAGCUGGCUGAGGAUAGGGAACGCUAUGCCUCAUAUUUUAAAUGGAAACUAAAUUACACAGUGUCAGCUUUUAGCAAUGUGCUAGUGGAACCGAGUUGCAGAAUCUGCACCAAGCUUGACACCUUGCAAAAACCAAAGGUCUAUUGGGAUUUAUAUGGUUGGGAAUGGAAAUAA